AUGAUCUACUCACUCUACAUCAUUAACAAGGCCGGUGGUCUCGUAUACCAAAAGGACUUUACCAACAACUUGGAGAAGUUAUCAAGCAAUGAAUAUUUGGUGCUAGCUGGCACUUUUCACGGUGUUCACGCCAUCACGUCCAAGAUCUCUCCAGUACACAACUCUUCAGGUGUUGAAAUGCUCGAGGCAGGCAACUUUCGAUUGUAUUGCUUUCAAACAUUAACAGGCACCAAGUUUCUAUUGUUGACAUCACCGCAGCAGAGCAAUGUGGAUCCAUACAUGAAAAAGAUCUAUGAUAUCUAUAGCGAUUUCGUGAUGAAGAACCCAUUUCAUACCCCAGAGAUGCCCAUCCGCUCUGAUCAAUUUGAUCAAUCCCUCGUCAAGUUUAUUCAAACGAUCAAUGGUUCUUAA